AAUGGCUUAUCACGUGCCUGUCAAAUGAUUAACAUGGGGAAACAUUUGGGUUAUGAUUAACUUUCAGUACUGCCAAAUUUUCCCUGCUGGCAGACAUGUCCCUCAAAUGAGAAAUGUCUUGCAUUUUCUUGCUCACUCCUAUGCUCUAGGGUUUUGCUCUGCCCAGAAAGUACCAGGAUGAAACUUGUUAAAUUAUAAUUUCUUACUGUAUUUCUAUACAUAAGCAUGUUGUGUGAUUCCCCUCGGCAGCGCUCCACCAUCAUGGAAAGCACCAGCUCAGCACAUUGCUCUGCCCCAUAACUGGUUAUGCAUUUAACCACAGUGACUGGUGGACAAGCAGUAUAGACUUAGGAGAGAGGAAGAAAGCCAGGGAAAGCCAACACAUUCCUCAUACACCAGAAUACAAGUGCUUCCAUAAAUUCUACUGAAUGUCAGCGAUGUAAUGACCACACUGCUAACCUCACUCCAAACGAAUGACCCAGUCUUCAGGGUUAAAUGUGUACACUUGUGGUUUUCUGCACAAAAGAAACAUUGUGAAGAUGCAGCCCACCGUCUUCAGUCAUUAUCCAGGCAUUACUGAAAACCUGGUCUCAUCUGGAAAUGUAUGCUGCUUCCCAAACUCCUCUCAGGAAAUGACAUUUCCUACAAACACUUUACUGAAGGGGAGUGAUUAAGGGAGCGAGCGAAAGAGAGAGCUAGAGAAAAGAAAACGUUAGGAAGAGGGGUGUUUCUAACUGGGAACAGAGCUUGCACUGUUGCAUAUUAUACACACAGAGACACACACAGAGAGAAAGAGAAAGGAGAGAAAAAGAGGAGAAAUAUCUCAUACAUUUACUUUUAUUGGCUGUUUAGCUGGAUGUAUGGAGUAUUCUGGUCUGCAAAAUGAAACUCUCAUCUUUUGUGAUGGUUGUCCUGACUAGGGCUUUAAUUGGAGGGUUGACUGAGGCUCUGAAUGUGACAGUGACCCCUGGACCGGUCUCUGUUUGUCUGGAAGGAGAAAAUAUUACCGUGUCAUGCCUGGUGUCUCAAAGGAAGAGGAGCAACAGCGUGCUGGUUCUGCGCUGGCUCUACUUCCCCAAGCCAGAGGAUGAGCGGCUGGUGGUGAAGAUGAAUUUCAAGAAGGCUAAGUACUACGGAAACUACAGCCUAAGCUUUUCACAGACCAAAUUUUACCUGUGGGAGGAAAUGGAAGGAGAAAUAUACAGCUUGAUGAUCCUCAAUGUGUCUAGGGAAGACACGGGCAACUACAGCUGUAAAGUGCAAGAGAUACGCAAACACAGAAACAAGUGGAGGGCCUCGUCAAAUGGCACAGGGAGCAUGGAGCUACUAGUGCACUACCUAGGAGUCCCGGAGAGCACUGAUAACAUCUGGCGCUGGUUUCAAGAUCUUUAUCUGUGUGCAGUGUUAAUCUGCUCUGUUGGUCUCAUUUCUACGCUUCUUUUCAUCAUGAAAAUUACAUGUCAAUACAUGCUGCAUAAACAAAGAGGAAAAGCCAGAUUCUAUUUGGUGAAAUGUCCAGAGAGCAGCUCUGGAGAAACAGUGACCAGUGUUGCCAGCUCCUCUCCUGGAAUGCACAGGAAAGAAAAAAGACAUAAAGCGCCAACCAAAGACAUCACUGCACGACCGCCAGUGAUACCAGUGAAAGCUCCUGCUCCAAAUAAGCCACGCAGGACCAAACUCUUAAAAGUCCAGCCAAGAAAAGCACAUAUGCCGCGGGUGGCAGAUGACAGCCUGACAUACGCCGAACUGGAGUUGGUCAAGCGAGCGCCUGAAGCUAAAAGAAGCAACUCUGGAGCUGCACAGCUGGAGACCAGCACAAACUGCACAGGAACUGUGUACGCCCAGAUCCUCUUUGUGGAAAAGCAAGUGUAAAUUCAGUUGACGUUGUUUUGUAGCAGAAUUAUUUAUGAUUUAGCUUUUGGUAUUGUUUAUAGAAUCAGCUGGAUCAGCUGAUAUUACAUUAAUUUAGUACAGAGGCACAAGUCUGAGCAUCUGGGGUUUGUAGAUUCACAGUGUUUUCUAAUUGGGUA